AAACUCUUAAAAAAUUAUUUUUUUUUCAAUUUUCUAGUAAUCUCCAAACACAAGGACAGAAUUGAAGCUUUGUUUGCUAAAGAAAAGGAACGUUGUAAUGAAUCUAUAAAUCAACAGUCCAAACGUAUUAGUCUUUUGCAAAUUGAAAAUGUUAGAUUAAACGAUCUUAUGGAGAAUAUUAGUCAACAAAAGUUACUCGAAAAACAAACUUCUUCAAACAACACCACCUUUCUCCUACCAAAAAUGGAUUCUCCACCUUUGGAAACCAAAAACAAUUUGGUAGAAGAUCCAUUUGACAAAAAAGAAGAGGAAGAAGAAAAUAUUCCCGCUAUUCCAGCACAAAUUAAAAAACCUCCAAACAUUAACAAUUUGGAAGAAAAUCAAUUAAAAUUGAAUAACAAAAAAUCUUCUCUUUCGCGUAUAACAAAAAAAGAGCAGCCUAAUGGAGGGGAAAAACAUUUUGAAGAAGAUUAUAAUAUUUUUAGAAGAAAAAAUAAACUUCGAGAAGAUUUGGUUUUUAAACGAGGGGAGGGAGAAGGAAAUGAAGGAGAAGAAAAUAAACAAAAAUUAUCUCCUGAAGAAAUUAAAAAUGUAAAGGAAGAAGAAAAAGAGGAGGAAGAAUAUGUUGGAAAGGAAUAA